UCCUGGACAUGUGUCUGGUCAUCAGUUAACGCAUCUAAAAUCUCAAAACUCUUCCGAGGACAGAGAAGGGUAAGAGAGACGCAAUGGAAUGCUUCCGUCUAUCUCCUCCGAUUCCAAAACUCUCUUUCUUCUCAAACUUAAGAAACUCAACUUCUCAACGAUUCAUCCCCAGUUGCAGAGAGAGAAGAAACAGAGAUGAACCACUCUCCACCUCUUCACCUUACUCCAUUCUCGGCGUGGAGCCAAACUGCUCAUCUCUCGAGCUAAAGGCAGCUUUUCGCGCCAAAGUGAAACAAUACCAUCCUGAUGUUAACAGAGAAGGAAGCAGCUCUGAUGUUAUGAUCCGUCGCAUAAUCCAAGCUUACGAGGUACUAACAAACACUAGCAGAGCAGAAAUCAUUGAAGGAGAAUGUUUGGACCCUUUUGACCAUCCAGAGUGUGAGGCACUUGAUGUGUUUGUGAACGAGGUCCUCUGCUUCGGAAAAAGAUGUUCAUAUCCAUGUUUUAAGACAGCAUCUCAUGUCUUUUCAUGUGAUUCAACUGGAACAGCUAGAGCAAUGUCUCAAGGGCAUGGUGAAGAUUACCGCGUACAGUCUGCAGUUAACCAGUGUCCUAGAAGUUGCAUACAUUAUGUCACACCUUCUCAGAGAAUUAUUCUAGAAGAGUUACUAGACAGUGUUUUGGACAAACCUUAUGAUUGUUCUGCGGAGGCAGAGUUGCUCUAUGCUCUUAUAGUCAAAGCUCAGUUUGAGAACAACCGGUACAGGAAACCAAAGAAGAAACAACCUGAAUCUUCAAGCAAACAUGUAGACUGGCUCUAAAGCUAGAGUUAAUCCGAGUUAGUAAUUAAGUAUUUCUUCUUCAUGAUUUGAAUUCUUGACCAUAAUCUGUAACAGCUCCUUCCAACUGAAAAAAUGAAAACAUAAGCUAUCAAAAUGU